AUGCCUGGAGAGGAUGAGCCUCUCCAUGCCUUCAUAACAGCUCCUACAGCUGAGUGCGUGGAUAAAGCAGUAAAGAAAAUAAAUGAAAUUAUUAGACAGGGGAUCGAAAUCCCAGAAAGUCAGAAUGAUCUUCGCAGAGCCCAGUUGCGUGAGCUCGCUCUACUUAAUGGAACUUUACGUGAGCAUGAAGGAUUGAUGAAACUUCGCGCAAUGGCUGAGGCGCAAUCAAUUGCCACCAAUAAAAUUCAGUGUGGUAUAUGUGGAGGUGCUGGACAUUUGUCAACUGACUGUAAAGCGCUACUGGGUGGUCAGGCGUAUCUCGAUCAGCUGAAUGCUAAUCCAUCUGAAAGGGCUAAAAUGGACAGCGAAUAUACUGCAUUGAUGGCGGAACUUGGCGUGGGACCAGGUUCUCAAGGAUUACCUCCAGGUAUCAGAGGAUUCGGAACUUUACAAACCCAACCAGCUCGUCCAGCUCGUCAACCUCCUCCUCCUGGUGUAGCACCUGACGAUGACGACGAUGGAGACACUGGGACCAAUGGGACGACUGCCAUAAUAUCAUCCUCAGCUGCCUCAGUCACAGUUUCCUCUCCGAGUCGAUAUGCAUUCACCCUACCACCACCUCCACCUCCUCCAGCUAAUUAUGCACCAGUGAUAGCUCCUGUUGUUCCUUGGUCCGCUCCUGGUAUCGUUGCACCACCACUCCCUGGAUUUCCCUCUACUACUACAUACCCUACAGGUGUCUCCUCAGCUACGGGAUCAUAUGCCGAGGCAACAGUCGCUACUAAUGGAUCCUCAAUGCAUUCAUGGCAACCUACAGCGUCAUGGGGGGAGGCCGCACCGCAUGUAUCUCCAGUUGCACCCGUUCCUGGUUCAGCACUGGCUGCUCCAUAUUACCUGCAAACAUUUUAUCAUUUUUAG